AUGAGAGCGCUUCCACUAGCGUUAUACACCAAAGGAUAUAAACUCCCUGGAGAUGAGAAUGCUGAAACCGAAAAAGGACGUAAAUUGUUGAAGGAAGAAUAUUAUUACACGAGCUGGAAAUAAAAUUUAAAAAAGGAAAAUUUCUCAAGAUAUGCGAAUUGCGUGACGAAGAAUCCAUUCAAACGUUGGGUCUAUUUAUUCUCAACAACUGUCUUCUUGAUAUUGUAAGAUGUAAUUCUAGUUGUCUUGGUCACUCAUGGGAGUUAAAAGGGUUGAUUCCACUCUCAUUGGCCAUGGUGCUUCGGCAAAUCACAAUUUCUCAUCUCGAUUGUCGAUGUGUUUAUCUUAGCAGGCAGCACUACUCUGGAGGGAAAGAAAUUUACCUGUCCCAAAAAAACCGAAACAUUUGAGUGUGACGCUGCAAAAAGGGUUCCAGUAGAAUUUAACAGAGGAACAUCAUACAAGAUAAACGACCUGAAGAGUCCAAGCCAUGAAAAAGAAUCAGAAAUUUAUUGCAGAAAAAAUAUAUGUUCUGUGAAGAAAAAUAAACUUUAUGGAAGAGUUCAAAUUUUGGAGAAAAACGCCACGAGAAUGACCUUUCAGAUGAUGAACUUGAAUGAUUCUUUGCGUUUUUCAUGCGAUGUACACACCGCACCUGAAUAUCAGGUCACUGAGUUUCAUACCAAGGACUUCACAACUGUCGAAUGUAAGUUGAAUGAUCAAACGAUGAUCUAAUCUAGAAGCAAAGAAUUUGAAGAGGCCGCCAAACCUUUUUUUUUUACUUUCUGCCCUCCCCUCCCUUAAGACUUCCCCUAUUUUUUCAAAACUAUAUCUUCCAUUGCUGACGUCGAUCCUUUCUUCUACGAGUGUGCGUUGUGUGAAUGUGUGGAGAGAAGGGGGAGAUGGGGGGGGGAGGGGGGGAGUUGCACAAAGAAUCUCUUUAUCGGUUCUUUGAGGUGCCAACGGAUAAACUGCGAGAAUAGGAAGAAAUGUAACACCAAGAAGAUAUUUGCUAUUUCGGGAAGUUUAUAAUAUCCUUAAAAUAAGAGACUUAACUACAAUAUAACCUUAUUCAGUUUACACGUUAAUUAAUAACUGACGUCAUCUGCAUCAUUUUACUAAAUAUUUAUGUAUUUUUAUUGAUGUUCAGGCGUUCGCAGUUGCAUUGGCCAUAGAGUUGACUUAUCUUGUUCGAGCUUUCAACAAUUUCUACAAACUCCACGUGGCUUGGGAGCGUUCUUAAAAAAAGCUGAUGGAUCUGAAGAUAUCACUUUCUGCAAUGAAAAAGGGAACUGCACCUGUAUGGACGGGUGUAGAGAGUACAAGGGCAGAUUGGAACCGGGAUAUAAAUCAGUAAACAUGCGAACCGUCAAGAUGGAAGACGCUGAGCUAGAUUUUAUGUUCUAUUUUGAACGCGACGAUCCACGAAAACAAAAGCUCAGAGAAUGUAUUUUCAAAAUCGAUCCUGUGGUUUGUCCAGGUAAGACAGCUUCUUGAUUUCGUUCAUUGUGAUAAUGUUGACUUGUCACGACUCUGCAAAAAAGUUCUAUAACAUAGGUUGUAAUUUCUUGUAAAAAAAUCCAACUGCAAGGGCUUGAUUUUAAUUUUCGUGUCUUUCCUUUAUUUCGCUAUAGAUAUUUAUACUCCAGUAUUAAACUUGAUAGGAAAUGCGUUCUGUUGCUCGUAAUUAAACGCUGUAAUGAUAAAGGCUGGGCGAUAUUGAGGUAGUUCCGUUUUUCCACACUUCGCGACGGAUAUUACCCCUGUGACGUGAUAUGAAAUGUGAUGUGUUGUUUGGUUGUGCUGUGAUGAUGAAACUGAGCGAUGAUUGAAUACUUUCCUCAAUUCCAAUAAAUGUUAAACACUGAAAUAUCGAAAAAUAGCAAAUAUGCUGCAAAUGAGAAGAUUGAUUUUGUUAUUGAAACAUUUUUCUGUCACAGGUAAACCAACCAGAACCCUAGAAGUAAUCACAGGAAGGCCUUUACAAGAAAACGCAAGCAACAGGACAAAGCACCCGUCUACCAUCUCGCAUAAUGUCUCGCCAGGAACGUUAGAAGUGAAAAGAGGGCUUUUAUUUCUGUGCUUGAUAUUGGCAAUUUUUACUUUUCCUAGAUAG